AUGGCGCGGAGCGUCAUUGCCGAGGGAGAUACGCAGCCGACACAUCUUAUGAAAAGGGCAGAACAGGAGAGCGAAGGGCGGGUCACAGUUAAUGUAGCACAGCCACUAGAUUGCACGCGGGAAGUAGAUGUCAGCUCAGUGACGUGCCUGCUGCGAGCGAAGCUGGGGAAAAUUGAUUAUAAGAGCUGGGAUAACAGAGAAACAUGUAAUGGUGCGGUGGUUUUUGGAGAGGAGGCGGCCACAGGGUGGGUAAGGUGGUACUGGAUGGUAGACGCGUUAGAGACGCUCGCUAAGCUGCAACAUGGGAUGAGCAGCUCGCCGAAGGAACGCGUGAGGACAAUGCCAGCGGCAAACAUGCCGACACCGACUCGUUGGGGUCGACGAGACGCUUUGGCUGCGGAGGCGAAAAGAAGGCGGGGGCACCAGCGGGAGGAGCAGCAGCGCGGCGGGACAUGUCGAGAGCGAGAGGACGAGUCAUACGUCGAGAUCGAUCAUGAAGUACGCUCCAUCAACGCACAGGUCGACUCGCUUCAGAGGCGCGAAGACGAGCUAGCCCGCAUCCUCCAAGACAUGCAACGUCUCCACGCAGCUGUCCAGGCCGAAAAGCGCUCUUUACUUCAACAAAGGGUCCAGCUCGAGAGUCAGAAGCAGCCGAUCAACUGGCUUCCCAGCGAACUUCUCUCCCGCAUAUUCUACCACGUCCUCUGGCAGGAUCCCGCGAGUGACAAUGACUCGUGUUUCUCGGUGCAGCGCAACACAUUCUAUCCCGAUACUAUCGUCCUAUCCCAAGUGUGCAGUCUCUGGCGUCAGAUUGCUCUGUCAACAUCGCGCCUCUGGUCGUAUAUCCCGUACCGAACGCGACGAUGGUGUCCUAACGUACUUGGUAUGUCGCUAGAGAGGGCUAGAUCUAGUCCGAUUGACCUCAUCUAUGCUGUACGGUCUCGCGAUGUCUGCGCCAAGGCAAAUGCGCAGGAAGAGGUUCGUACAGGCAAAGAACUAUUGAAGACUGUCAUUCGCCCCUACUCACACCGCCUACGUUCACUUCAUGUCACCUUUCACGAGAUGGUCGGCAUGGACGCAGUGGUAACGACACUCUCAUCUCUCGACUUCCCUAUGCUCGAGCAUUGCGAGUUUAUCGUUCCUCCCACCAAUCACCGAUACUUCUUAUCCAAGACGUCAGCGCUGAACUUCCUUCAUCAUUCCACCCCAUGUCGCUUUGACUCCUUGACCAGCAUCCGCGUGCAGCGGGUUCCUCUCAGAUGCUUCUCGCGUCAUACGCUCGUUAACUUGCGGAAACUAUAUCUGUCUUUCCCAGCUCAAGGAUCAUUACUACCCACUGACGAACUUCUUCGAUUUCUCACUCAUUCACCUCAGCUCGAAGAUCUCACUCUCGAUGAUGUCUGGCUUACCUGGGCUCAUUCAUCAACCACGACUUCUUCUACUGACCCACACGCCGAUAGUCUGCUAGAUGCCACCCUUCCCAUGCUACAUCGACUCACCUGGCGUGCCGCUGCCGCAGCGAACGUCAGCAGCCUCAUGUCCUCUCUCCACAUACCCCGCCUGCAGUCCUGGGACCUGACUGUCCUCCCAGCGUCCAAACGGAACAUCAACUCGCACAACUUCACCGUUCCCCUUUCCCAACCUCAAGGAAGACCACCAACAUCCGACCCGCUCGAGGGCAUCCACACGCUCAGCGCACUCACUGAUCUCACCGUGCAGUGUCACGACGCAGAAGGGCUCAAGGGCGUCCUGCGCAAGUUCGGGUUCCCGGCCCUUGAGCGGCUCGAGCUCGGAUUCCUCGACCCCAACCCGGGCGCGAAGCUCGUCUUACCACGUGCGGACAGUCUCUUCCGGGAUCCCCGCCUCCCAACAGUGACGCACCUCACGCUCACGGACUUCGCGCUCGAGGGCGAGAGGGCAUAUAGGCGGGCCGCUGGGAACGGGCAUGGAGACGGGUACGGGAGUGAGGUGGAGGACGAGGACAUGGCGAUGCUGAGGUACAUGCCUAACUUGGUGUCGCUCACGCUCGUGUCAUGCGCGAGCGCGGGUGUGCUGUUGCACGAGCUUGCGCGGACAUGCACGGGUGGGUCUCCCGCCGCUGGGCCAGACGAAGGGCCGGGCGUGCGCGCGUGUCCGAAGCUCGAGGAGGUCACGCUGAUGAGCUGCCAGGACGUCUCGUUCGGGGACGUCUACCGCAUCGCGCACCUGCGCUCUCGCAAGCCGUACCAAGGUUCUGCAGCAGCCAACAUGAACGUGGAUGGCAGUGGCAGUGGCGGUGUACCUAGGUCCGACAUCCAUUCGGCCGAUCCCGGCCUUUCAAAUUCGAACGGGAAGGAGGCAGCCAUCGGCGACGCACCUCCAUCGCCUGACCCGUCCGCGUUGCUCCAGCGCAAGAUCGUACCCCUCCGGCGCAGCCUGCGGCGGGCGGCGCAAAACACUAGUAACCCGUACCAUGGAGAGGUUGCUGCCCAGGCAGCGGUAGGCGCUGGGCCGACACCAACGAUGAUGUUCUCGAUGUCGGAGGCGCUAAAUCCCGCGAAGCUGGCGCGCGUGUACAUCGACGACUGUCCGCUUGUGAUGAAGGGAGAUGCGGCGGCACUAGAAGGGAUGGGUGUUAUGGUUUCGUACUCCUGAUCUCUUACAAUUGUCUGGGGAAGCAGCAGGAGAGGAUGGGGCGAGUGAGCGAGGAUAUACGUAAGAUCUAACAUUUAUCUACCUGAUAUCGUACUGGAUAAUGUCAUGUUGUCGCUGGUCGUUUCUCACUGCGCGAAACUACCGACAAUUCGGCUUUGACUUCGGCCCAGCCCGUGUUGCGUGUACAAGGCCUCGAUUCUGGAGCUAUCCCAGACGACGUGCCACAAGGCAUCCCUUCCAUUGCACAGACUGGGAUAUGAUGCGCCUAUGACG